AUGUCUGCGCCAGACGAGGGCUUCAACGCCGGGACGCGGCGGCAGGACCUCGAGGUCAAGCUGCCAAAGGCGGCCGUCGUGAAGAACAAGCAGCCAGCCGCGCAGCAGAUCACCGCCGAGCAGCUUCUGCGUGAGGCGAAGUCGAUCCAGUUGGAAGAUGAGACGCCGGCCCCGCACUCGAUGGUGACGGACCCGGAGGAGCUGGCGGACCUGCGGCUGAAGAAGAGGAUGCAGUUCGAGGACCAGGUGCGGCGGUCGGGGCGGUUCAUCCUGACGACGUGGAUCCGGUACGCGAAGUGGGAGGAGGAGCAGAAGGACUUCCGGAGGGCGCGUUCGGUGUGGGAGCGGGCGCUGGAGAUCAACUACCGGCACGUGCCGUUUUGGCUCCAGUACGCGGAGAUGGAGAUGCGCAACCGGUUCGUGAACCACGCGCGCAACGUGUGGGACCGCGCGGUGACGUACCUCCCGCGCGUGGACCAGCUGUGGUACAAGUACGUGCACAUGGAGGAGAUGCUCGGCAACGUGGGCGGCGCGCGCGGGGUGUUUGAGCGGUGGAUGAAGUGGGAGCCCGACGAGCAGGGGUGGCAGUACUACGUCAACUUCGAGCUGCGGUACAACGAGGUCGACAACGUGCGCAACAUCUUCGAGCGGUUCGUGCGGUGCCACCCGCGCGUGCCCGUCUGGAUCAAGUACGCCAAGUUCGAGCUCAAGCACGGGUCGCGCGAGCUGUGCCGGGAGGUCUACGAGCGGUGCGCGCAGGAGCUCGGCGAGGACGCGCACACGGAGGAGUACUUCGGCGCGUUCGCGACCUUCGAGACCAUGGUCAAGGAGUACGACCGCGCGCGCGCCCUGUACAAGUUCGGCCUCGACCGCGUGCCCAAGAGCCAGGCGCCCGGGCUCUACAAGGCCUACAUGGCCUUCGAGAAGCAGUACGGUGACCACGACGCCGUCGAGGGCGCCGUCCUCGGCCGCCGCAGGUUCGAAUACGAGGAGGAGGUCACCAAGAACCCGAUGAACUACGACACGUGGUUUGACUACGCGCGGCUCGAGGAGUCGGGCGGGGACGCGGCGCGGGUGCGCGACGUGUACGAGCGCGCGAUCGCGCACAUCCCGCCCGCGAUGGAGAAGCAGUACUGGCGGCGGUACAUCUACCUGUGGAUCAACUACGCGCUGUUUGAGGAGCUCCAGGCGGGGGACCUGGACCGCGCCAAGGAGGUGUACGCCGCCUGCCUCAACGUGGUGCCGCACAAGACGUUCACGUUCGCGAAGAUCUGGAUUGCGGCGGCGCACCUGGAGAUCCGGCGGCUGAGCUUGGACGGCGCGCGGCGGCUGUUCGGCACGGCGCUGGGGCUGUGUCCGCGCGAGAAGGUCUUCAAAGCGUACAUCGACAUGGAGCUGCAGCUGGGGAACGUGGACCGGUGCCGAACGCUGUACGAGAAGUUCGUGGAGUUGGCGCCGCACAACUGCGGCGCGUGGUGCCGGUUCGGCGAGCUCGAGGCGUCGCUGGGCGAGGUCGAGCGGGCGCGCGCCAUCUUCGAGCUGGCCAUCCAGCAGCCGUCGCUCGACAUGCCGGAGCUCGUGUGGAAGAGCUACAUCGACAUGGAGGCGCAGGAGGGCGGCCGGCCCACGGUGCGGUCGCUGUACGAGCGCCUCCUCGAGCGCACCAAGCACGUCAAGGUGUGGAUCUCCUUCGCGCGGUUCGAGGCCUCCCCCGUCGAGCUGUUCGGCGCGGACGACGUCGACGACGAGGCGCGGCAGCGCGCUGCGAGGGGCGGCGAGGGCGACGAGGCCCCGGGCCCGCGCGAGAAGCGCGCGCGCGGCAUCUACGAGCGCGCCUUCCGGACGCUGCGCGAGGAGCUGCCGGACGCGAAGGAGGAGGCCGUGAUGCUGCUCGAGGCGUGGCAGACGUUCGAGGAGGAGUGCGUGGCGGAGGGGGAGGACCACGCACAGCUGGCGCAGGUUGUGUCGGACAAGAUGCCGAAGCGGGUGAAGCGCCGGCGCCCGGUGCUGCUCGAGGACGGCACGGAGGCGGGGCAGGAGGAGUACUGGGACUACGUGUUCCCGGAGGAGGCCAGGGUGGCGCCGCACCUCAAGCUGCUGGAGGCGGCGCAGCGGUGGAAGAAGCAGAAGACGCAGGGCGAGUAG